UGGCAACAUUGAUUCGCAAGCACACCGACAUUUUUCCAGACGACCUACCGGCGGGUUUGCCCCCGGAGCGAGACCACGACCACACAAUCGAGUUGGAGCCGAGUGCGCAACCGACUAUUCGGACUCAAUGGAGGCUGACUGAGCCAGAGCUCGAUGAACUUCGACACCAGCUGGACUACCUAGUCGAGAAAGGUUUCGUUCGCCCCAGCACUUCACCGUUCGCAGCUCCGAUCCUGUUCACCCCGAAGAAAGAUGGCGGUCUACGAAUGUGCAUCGACUACCGCGCCUUGAAUCGAGUUACCAUCAAGUCCCGCUAUCCUAUCCCACGUGCCGACGAACUCAUCGACCAACUUCGUGGAGCCAAGUUCUUUUCGAAAAUUGACCUGCGAGGCGGUUACCAUCAAAUCCGCGUGCACGAAGUUGACUGCUUUAAGACAGCGUUCCGAACCCGAUUACUGCAGCCACUCGAGCCACCCAGCCGACCCUGGCAACAAGUGACAAUGGAUUUCGUCACUGGCCUGCCCGCUGGUUCAAGCGGUAACGACGCGAUUCUCGUCGUUGUUGACCGGUUGACCAAGAUGGCCCACUUCGCCGCCUCCAAGACGACAAUCACUGCCGAGCAGACAGCGAAACCGUUCCUCACGAACAUCGUGCGGCUACACGGUAUUCCUUCGGUAAUCGUCAGCGAUCGCGACCCACGGUUCACGUCCAACUUCUGGACAAAAACCUGGCAGCAGUACGGCACACGUUUGCAUCUGUCCACGACGUACCACCCACAAUCGGACGGCCAGACUGAACGUACAAAUCAGACGAUCGAGCAGCUGAUUCGCACAACGUGCACAGACUCGGCCCAAUGGGAAGACUCCCUUCCCUUGAUCGAGUUUGCGUACAACAACGCCCCAUCAACCACGACUACUCAGUCCCCGUUCUUCCUUAAUUACGGGAUAGACUCGACAACCCCUCUAUCGCCACCGAUAGAAAAUCCGGCACCAAGGUCGCAGCAGUUCGUCGAAAAUCUCUGACAAUCCCAGCAACAAGCCGCCGAUGCCAU